AUGAAUAAUAGAUAAAAUGAAUAGAAAGCAUCAAUUCAAAGUUAUUCUUCUUUUGAAUCAUAUGUUAUCCAAGAUGAACAUGAUGGAAAUCUUAGUAUUCAUCAAUUAAAAGAAAAGCCAUUUUUUAAUUUUUAAGAAGUAAAAGAUUAAAAUGGAGAUACCAACUUAAAUAUUAAUAGUAAAAAUAACUAACAUAAAUAAAAAUAACCUUAUGAAACAGUAAUAUCUAAAAAUAUUAUAGAUUCAGGAUUCACUCUAUACAGAAGAAAAACUAGAAUUACCUUCUCAAUAACUGAGAUAAAUUCCGAAAUUAUAAUAAAAUUUUGUUAACUUAAAGUUAUUGAAUUUAUCUUAAAACUAAUUAACAACUGUUCCUCCUUAAAUAAUGUAAUUGUUAUUUAAUCAUUAAUGUAGGAGAAUGACAAAUUUACAAAAAUUAAUUUUAAGUAGCAAUCAAAUUAAUGUCCUACCAAUAUUUUUACAAACUUUAAAAUUUUUAGAAUAUCUUGACAUGUAAGAUAAUUUAAUUAAGGUUUUUAAUAUAAAUCCACCUGAACUGAAAUACUUAAAUUUAUCGAAUAACUAUAUUGAAUAACUCUUUUUUCCUAAUCUAGAGCAUUUAUGUAUUUAAAUGAAUUAUUUUACUAUAAUUCCAAAAGGAUUUCAUAAAGUAUUGUAUGGAAUGCAAUAUUUUGAAUUUGAUUGGUUUAAAUAUUGUAAACCUGCUUUACCAAUAAAAAUUAAUUUUGAAAAGUAUUAGCACAUAAAAGAUAAAUUGAUAUCUGUAUUGUCAUCAUCAAGUCUUACUUUUGAAACCUUCGUUAAACUUUUGAGUAUAUCUGAACCAAAUUUCUAUUAAACGGAUUAUAAGUAUUAUGAUAACUAUUUUAUAGAUAUAGAAACUUAUUUUUUUAAGCAGGUUCAUGUAAUGAAAUAGGAAUUCUUUAUAGUUUAAUUUAAAUUAUACCUGAACAAAUAAACAAUUUAGAUUUUGACUAAAAUACUCCAUUAAGUGCUUGUUAUAUUGAAGGGAAAACAAGGUAAAAAUAUACUUUUAUAAAGAUCAGUUAAAAUAUUAAAAAGCUUGGGUGGAAAAUUUGCUCCUUAAUCAAUUCAUGUUAUUUGUUAAAGAGUAGAUUUAUAGUUUUUUAAAAUAAUUUUAAAUCUAAAUGAAGAAGAUAAUUAAAUUACAUAGCAUACAGAUUUAAAUUUAAUUAAUUUUAGAAAUAUAGAUGGUAAUACACCAUUACAUUAAUUAUUUAUGAAUUAUUCAAAGAAUUCUGAUGCUAAGGAAAUGGCUAAUCUACUAUUAUUAUUAGGUGCUGAUCCAAAUAGUGAAAAUAAUGAAGGAUGGAGUCCUUUAGAUUUAGCUAUCAGAAAAGGUUAAAUUACUUCUAUUUAAUAUGCAGCAGAAUAUAAUAAAAAAUUAUUUUAAUUGAGAUCACAUUAAUAAUUAUUUGAUUUCUAAAAAAAAUCUGGGAUUAAUGAAUGGUCUUUAGCUCAUGUUGCAGCUAGUGUAGGUAAUAUUGAAAUAUUAGAAUUGCUUAGUCAGGUAUUUAUUUUCUAUAUAAAAGAUUAACAUAGAUUUAUAUUAAGUUAGUAAAUGUAAUAGAUUACCAAGGCAUUUAGCAAUUUAAAGUUUAACUAUGUUAAAAAACAUGAGAAAAUUAGAAAAAAGAUGGAUGAUUCGAAAUGUGUUGCAUGAUUCUGUUUCAGUUUCUUAAACAGAAAAAAAUGUUUAUUAAAUGAAAAAUUAGAUUGAAAAAAAUAUGAAUAAGAAACAUUUGAACAUAGUUUAAAAAUUAAUUGAAAAUGAUGAAGAUAAUAUUGAUAUAGAUGAUAACUCUUUAAGAAUAGCUAGUGAAAGUUCAAUCAAAGAUAUAGCAAGUGAAUCAGCUCCAAUAUUUUAAAGAUUAGCUAAUAAAGAAAUUACAAAAAUGCAAAUAGAAAAAUAAAACAUGUCUAAUUUAGAUACAACUGAUUUUGCUGAUCAUUUACCUGAAAUAUAAAAGCUUUUAAGAAAUCAUAAUCACGAAGUUGCUAUUUAAAAACUGAAAUAUGCAUUAUUAAGUGAUAUGCUUCCAUUAUCUGAAAGAUUAAAAUAUAAAGACUAUAUUUAAGUGAUUUAAUUUAAAAUGAGAUAUUCAAAAGUGGAAAUGCAAUCUUAUUUAAGAAAUACUCUAAAUUUAACUUUAAGCGAGUUUCAAUUGAAAGGCAUUCCUUCUGAUUAAAAAUGUAUCAAAUAAUCUUAAAAUAGCUAAAAUAAUAAGAGAUUUAAUUAGUUUAGUAAAAGAUCAAUCAAGAAAUGAAGCUUCUAAAAUAUAGUUUCAUAUAGAAAAGUUAUAACUUGUUUGUUAGAAUCCUUUGUUACAUUAAGAUUUACUUGUAAAAGACUUAACAACAAUAAAUGAAUUGAGAUAGAGAUUGAGCAAUAAUCUUAUUUAUGAUAUAGUGAACUAUGCUGAAUCAAUUUUCUAAUUGAAUGAAUAAAUUUAUUAUUGGAUAAAUACUAGUUACUAAAGAUAUGAGAAAAUAAUAAUAAAGUCAAAUAUACCAAACAUAAUUAAUUAUGAAUGUUUAUAAAAGAUGAGAUUCGUAAAGAAGCUAAAAGGAAGAGAAAAAGACUAUGAUAAUAUUGAGUAAGAUAUGAUAGAACCAGAAUCAUCAAUAUCUUCUUAUUAAUAAUUUACUUAUAUAAUAACACCCUUUUAAAAUAGCAAACGAUUCUGA